GCGCACCGUGAGUGCGGGAGCCCGCGGCUGUGACAAGGGACGCCCGCCUGGCGCGGCUGCCCGGGAUCCCGCGGAGAGACGCGCGCGGAGCCAGCGACCGCGGACCGGCGGGCGGGCCUGACGCGUCGUGGCGCUCGCUGUCUCGCUCCGGGGCCAGAGUGAGCGCCGCUGCUUGGGCGCCUCCGAAAGGCAGUCGGCCCCGCCGCAGCCAACGCCGCCCGAUGGCGAGGCUGCGGGAUUGCCUGCCCCGCCUGAUGGUGACGAUCCGGUCCCUGCUCUUCUGGUGCCUGGUCUACUGCUAUUGCGGGCUCUGCGCCUCCAUCUACCUGCUCAAACUUUUGUGGAGCAUCGGCAGGGGACCCGCGCAGACCUUCCGGCGGGUGGCCCGGGAACACCCUCCCGCGUGCUUGAACGACCCCUCUCUGGGUACCCACUGCUACGUGCGGAUCAAGGUGAAGGCCGGCGCGGGCCCGGCGGUAUCGGGAGGGUAUUCCUGGCGUCACCAACUAAGGGAAUUUAAAUGUGAAUAUCGAGUUGUAGCGCUGGAUUUGAGAGGCUAUGGAGAAACAGAUGCCCCCAUUCAUCGAGAGAAUUAUAAAUUGGACUGUCUAAUUACAGAUAUAAAGGAUAUUUUAGACUCUUUAGGGUAUAGCAAAUGUGUUCUUAUUGGCCAUGACUGGGGGGGCAUGAUUGCUUGGCUAAUUGCCAUCUGUUAUCCUGAAAUGGUGUUGAAGCUUAUUGUUAUUAACUUCCCUCAUCCAAAUGUAUUUACAGAAUAUAUUUUACGACACCCUGCCCAGCUGUUCAAAUCCAGCUAUUAUUACUUCUUCCAAAUACCAUGGUUCCCAGAAUUUAUGUUCUCAAUAAAUGAUUUCAAGGCUUUGAAACAUCUGUUUACCAGUCACAGUACUGGCAUUGGAAGAAAAGGAUGUCGAUUAACGAUAGAAGAUCUUGAAGCUUAUAUUUAUGUAUUUUCCCAGCCUGGAGCAUUAAGUGGUCCAAUUAACCAUUACCGAAAUAUCUUCAGUUGCCUGCCCCUCAAACAUCACAUGGUGACCACUCCAACACUACUACUGUGGGGAGAGAAAGACGCAUUCAUGGAGGUUGAGAUGGCUGAAGUCACAAAGAUUUAUGUUAAAAACUAUUUCAGGCUAACUAUUUUGUCAGAAGCCAGUCAUUGGCUUCAGCAAGAACAACCUGACAUAGUGAACAAAUUGAUAUGGACAUUUCUAAAAGAAGAAACAAGAAAAAAAGAUUGACUUUUCUAUAUCUUCUGUGAGGAGUCUGUAGUAAAAUCUCUAAAUAAUUUUUUUUAAUUGUUCAUCAACUUCUUUAAGCUUCAUUAGGAAAAAAAUUUGUUUUAACAUUCUUUAUCAUAAAUAAAUAUCCUGACAAAUGGUAUUGAAAAAUAUCUGAGAAUGUGUGAACUUAUAAUAUAAUGUUGAUUUUCUUCUGUUGUGUUUUACACAGAAAAGCAUCUGCCUUAAAAUGUAUACACUUGUACAAAAAGGAAGUUGAGGAAAGUGGCUCAGCUUUGGUUUCUUGUGUUCUUUACCCUGUUAACAUAUGGUGCCUUUCACAUAUGUAUAUUAAAGAUUAGCCAUAUUAAAAGGCAAACCUGCAGUGGUAUAAAUUUUCAUUUUAUUGUUCAAAAGUUCUUUUUACUAUUUUUAACCAUUAAAAAUUCUAUUAUCAAAUCUCUUGGAUUUAUACUAUAUUUAUUAUUUUGAAA